AUGGAGAUGGUCCUCAUCUUCACCUUCUGCCUGAUUCUAGCUGGUACUGAUGCUGUAACUACAGUAACUGGAUACAGAGGACGAUCAGUUCAGAUUAAAUGUUCCUACACAUCUGGAUAUGAAAAUUACAACAAGUAUCUCUGCAGAGGUAAAUGUUCCACCUGGAACCAUAAGGAUGUUCUUGUUCAGUCUGGAUCUCCUGCUAAAGACUCCAGAUUCUCUCUGUAUGACGACACAACAGCCAAAGUCUUCACCGUCACCAUCACUGAUCUAAAACGAGAGGAUGAAGGAACUUACUGGUGUGGGAUAGAACAGACAGGGCCUGAUAAAUACACAGAGGUUCUACUGCUGGUUAAAAAGAAUGUUCCUGCCCCUAGUUUUGUCUCAGCCACACACCGACAGUCCACUCAGACCUACACUGUGAGUACAGCAGUACAUCCUGAGACCACGCUUUCAACAAUAGACAUUUCUGCCCUGGGUACUGUCCCACGCACCACACACCCACAGUCCACUCAAACCCACACUGUGACUACAACAUUGCAUCCUAAGACUACUCUUUCAACAAGAGGUGGUACUGAUGCUGUAACUACAGUAACUGGAUACAGAGGACGAUCAGUUCAGAUUAAAUGUCCCUACAGAUCUGGAUAUAAAAAUUACAACAAGUAUCUCUGCAGAGGUGAAUGUCCCACCUGGAACCAUAAGGAUGUUCCUGUUCAGUCUGGAUCUCCUGUUAAAGACUCCAGAUUCUCUCUGUAUGAUGACACCACAGCCAAAGUCUUCACCGUCACCAUCACUGAUCUGAGAGGAGAGGAUGAAGGAACUUACUGGUGUGCGAUAAAGCAGAUAGGGCGUGAUAAAUACAAAGAGAUUCUACUGCUGGUUAAAAUGGAUGAAGCCCUCAGUACUGUCUCAAACACCACACAUCGACAGUCCAAAACUCACACCCACAGUUUGAGCUCAGCAGUGCACCCUGAGAUUUCAACAAUAGGUAAGGCAGACUACAUCAUGAGCAGUACAGGUGCCAUGCUUUUCACUUUUGGUGUGAUUAUAGCACUCUACUGCUGAAGAAAACAUCAAGCCUUUAAAACAGUGACACUAUCUACGUAAGAGACAAUAUAAGGAUAUGAACACUUUACUCCAUGUCCAAGCAAGAGAAAACACAAUGAGAAAUGUAUCUGAAUCUGUCUAUUGGAGUCGAAACCCAACUACCAACCAAUCAGAUUCAGUCUACUAGCGUAUGACAUUUACUAAUAACCAGUGAGAUUCAGGACACCAUUGCUCACUUUUGUUUUUCACCAAUGUCAAAGAAUUCUUUCUAAAUAAAGAAAGCAUUUGUGACUAUUAACAUCUGAUGCCAAGUUUACAUAUAAUGCAACCUUGGAAUUUUAAUUUAUCAUCAUGUUUGUGUUUUGUCCAAAAAAAAAAAGUUAAAAUCCUUAUAAUAAAAUUAGAUUUUACACUUUAAUACAAAAAGCUGUUUGGCUGAACCAUGGCAUUUUACAAAAUGUAAAUAAGAACUUAAGAUACAUAUAAAAUGUAUAAA